AUGGCUUCCGCAAGCCAUGCCUCUAGCAUUGGAUUUGGGGGAACAACAUGGAAUAAAAAUGGUUCAAGAUCGUCCAACGGACCGAGAUUCGUCGCACCAAUGACUACAGGAUUAAUGGCUUUCGUGCAUGGCAGAGAAAGAAGUCCUCGGAUUCUAACGAUGGUGACACUUGUGGAGCCAGUUGAACCAGCACCAUCUAUGAACACUUAUGGUCCAAGAACAAUUCGAGUAUUAUCUGCAUCUCCCCCGUCGAACGUGGGCAACGUUACAGUAACGGAGGAUUGAACUCCGUGAUAAUACAACGCAAAAUCGAGCUGAAAAAUUUGAUACUUUUACAAGUGCAAUAGACUACACAUAUGAGCAAGAAUAUACAGCGCAUUCGGAAAACCAUAUUAAUCAGACACUAUAUAAGAAUAUCAAUAUCUAGGCGAUGGCCUUCGUCGGAAGCGCGAUUUCAAAAAUCGUUGCCAGUGUUGCAACGCUACAGAACGAGACCACUUUUUCUCUUUCGAGCUUGAAUCUAGAUUUUACAUUGAUCAAAUUGGAGGCCCCUAUAGAGUAUAAGGGCGUCGGGAAUAACAUUUAUAGUGCACGUAAGCACGAUGCUGAGGCUGAAGGGCUUCACAAAACAGCGCGAAAGUUAGGGGCGCUAUUUGACGGCAAGGCUUCUAUAGCUGUAGCGCUUUUCCGUGCUUAUGGUACAAGAGUUUCGCAACUGUGCGAAGUCGAACGAUUUAAUCCUACAGAACGGUCACGGCAUGGUCUCUUCUCGAAGCAUGUCGGCGCGGAUUCAACUAGUAUAUGGGCAGCAGUCACUUCUGGAGAUGGAGCCGUAGCGAUACACUUACUUCCUUGCAUGAUCGCAAGGAUUUUCACUGGACCACAAGCGGUGUCUUUGUGAAUGGCAUUGAUAGAAAAGCGCAAAGGAGAAAUCGAAGAAAAAAUGGCCAAUACCAUUGAUCAAAUGAAGGCUAUUACUGCGGCUUGCGCUGCCCAGCAAGAGAUUAGACGGCAAGAAAUAGCCGAUUGGGAUAGCAGUGCGCGUGCCUGGAUACAGAGUGCUGAUUUGGUCAAG